GGUGCGAGCCUCGGCGACUCUCGGCCAAUACCAAGACCCCUGAUGAGGCUAUUCUCACUCGCCCCACUGCACACCGAACCUUCUAGCAACGCGCUCAGACCAGCGCGCCUACGAGGAUAAGUAUGCUUGCGAGCUACCAGAGUCUGUCGUCUCUCCUUUUCUUCUCCAAGUUCAGCGAACUCGUAGAGUCGUCAUCAGCUAGUUGCAAUAUACUACCUGAGACCGUUACACAACAGACUAGGAUCAGCUUCGAGCCGGAUAGGGUACGGUUUAUAAACCCGCCAGCAACCGCUGCUAGCGACACCACGCUAUAUGACCAAGCUACCGAACUGGUCCUAGAGUUAACGCUGGCCACAGGUGCUGGCUCUACAGCUACUGCCACAUCUAUACUAGAUGGAGAGGAUAUAGUGAUGGACUCUAUCGCCGUCCGAGAGCAUGAAGUGUAAAAUCCUACUCUGGAACAUCGAAGGGAAUAAGCAGGCUUUGGAAGUCCUGCUCGAGGAGGCCAGAUACUACCUUCUC